UGCCAAUCAGCGUUAUAAAUAUUGCAACAUUGAACCAUGCUGUAGCCAAUAAAUGUCAAAAUUUCUGUCCAUCUUUAUUCAAAAAUCAUUUGAUUAUUCACGAGCAAAACACAGCGUAGUAAUCAUGUCCAAAAGAAGUGGCUUCCAUAGAGCUCCUAAAUUUAAGCCCGAAGUGAAAGUGGUCCAAAAGCCUCCUAAGCCCACCAUAAACAUGUUCAGAACUGAGAAAGUUGAGGUUCUCCCUGAACCUAUAAAAUCUGAAGCUGAUAAAAAGCUUUACAAAACAAUUAGGUUAGAAAAUGGUUUAACAGCUCUACUCAUAUCAGAUCCAACUGGGCUUGAUGUAGUGGAUGAUACAUCCAGUGAGGAGGAGAGCAGCAGUUCGGAUGAUACCAGUGGUCCGGAGAGUGACACACAGUCAGAACGGUCCGGAACCAGCGACCAACAUGGGAAUAAAAGGCACAAUGACUUCAAUGAAGAGAAGCUGGCGGCAUGUGCGCUCUGCGUGGGCGUGGGCAGCUAUAGCGACCCGCCCGACAUACAGGGGCUGGCGCAUUUCGUCGAGCACAUGGUGUUCAUGGGCAGCGAGAAGUACCCCAAGGAAAACGAGUUUGACGCUUUCAUCAAGAAAAAAGGAGGUUCAGACAACGCCUCAACGGAUUGCGAGGUGACGACGUUCUAUUUCGAGAUCCAAGAGAAGCACCUCCCACACGCAAUGGAUAUGUUCAGCCAGUUCUUCGUGAGCCCCCUCAUGAUGAAGGAGGCUAUGCAGAGGGAACGAGAGGCAAUACAGUCAGAGUUUGCUAUCGCCGCGCCAUCGGACUCCAACCGCAAAGAUCAGCUGCUGUCCAGCCUGUUCCCUGAAGGACACCCCGCGCGGACAUUCACGUGGGGCAACCUUAAGAGCCUGAAGGACAUGGUCGAGGACGACCACCUACACAAAGCUGCACACGACUUCAGGAAACGACACUAUAGCGCGCACAGGAUGACGCUUGCCGUGCAGGCUCGAAUGGAUUUAGAAACUUUAGAAAAAUACGUCGUGAACACGUUCGGCCAAAUCCACUCGAACAAGCUGCCAGGCGACGACUUUACCGAUUACAUGUUCCGACCAGACCUCGUCACGCCUGAGUUCCGGAGCAUCUACUACGUCAAACCCGUCAGCGAUACUACUGAGGUUCACCUAACAUGGAGCAUGCGGUCCCUGAUCUCCGAAUACGAGUCGAAGCCUCACCAGUACAUCUCUUAUUUGUUGGGGCACGAGGGCAAGGGCAGUCUUCUGUCCUAUCUUAGGAAAAAGGUGUGGGCGCUGGGCAUCUACACGGGCAACUCGGAGAGCGGCAUCGACUACACCUCCAUGUACAGCCUGUUCUCCACGCAGAUCGUGCUCACUAAAGACGGGCUGGACCACAUCGACGAGGUUUUGGAAGCCAUAUUCUCAUAUAUAAACAUGCUGAAACACUUGGGACCAUCGGAACGAAUUUACGAUGAAAUAAAGACUAUAGAAGAAACAAGUUUCCGGUUCGAGGAGGAGUCCCAGCCGGCGGACUACGUGGAGUCGCUGGCGGAGAACAUGCACUUCUACCCGCCCGAGCACUACAUCACCGGCGACCGCCUCUACUACAAAUAUGAUCCUAAGGGAAUCCGUGAGGUACUGGAGUGUAUGAGCGCCGACAGCGUGAACAUCAUGAUCCUGUCCAACAAGCACUCGCAGAAGAUCGAGUACGACGCCAAGGAGAAGUGGUUCGGUACAGAGUACCGCAGGGAAGCAAUUCCGCCCGCCUGGCUGGAGCGCUGGCUCAACGUGGCGCCGUACAGCCAGUUCCACAUCCCCGACAAGAACGUGUACCUCACCACGGACUUCUCGCUCGCGCCGCCGCCGCAGCCCUACCUCGACGCGGCCAAGGAACUCGGCAUAGAUCUGGCUAAUAGCUCUGCUAAAGACAUUUACAAGAGGACACAGAAGAGAGGGGAACAGACGACGAUACUUUCUAAGGAUGAUCUCAUGGCCACUGUCAAUAAUUUCAGGCUCGACCAGCCCAACCUGCUCCGCAAGAACAAGCACAUGGAAUUGUGGUACAAGCCCGACUUCAAGUUCCGCUUCCCCACCGCGCUUCUCUACUUCUACUUCAUCACGCCACUUAGCCUGAAGUCUCCGAGAGACGCUUGCCUUCUGGAUUUGUGGACGGACGUUUUACAACAGGGGCUCAAAGAAGAAGUUUAUCCGGCAAAUAUGGCGGACCUCUCGCACUCACUAUACGUUUCCGACAAAGGCUUGACGCUCAAAGUGUCCGGGUACAGUCAAAAUUUACACCUGCUGGUGGAGCUGAUCACCCGCGAGAUGCCGCAGACGGGCGGCGCGCUGCCGGCGCCGCUGUUCGAGGCGGUGCGCGACGUGCGCGCGCGCUCCUACCACAACGUGCUCAUCAAGCCGCACAAGCUCGCCAAAGAUGUGCGGAUGAACAUACUGCUCGAGCCGUAUAUCUCACCGCGAGACAAGGCGUCCAUUGUGCACAACGUCACUUUAGACGAACUGAAGGAAUUCAGCAAGCAGUUGCUUAGCAAACUCUACUUGCAGGUGCUGAUCCAAGGCAACAUUGAGUGGGACCGAGCCAUUCGGAUAUCGGACAAUGUUUUGUCUACGAUCCGAUGGGAAGGACUUGCUGAAAAUGAGCUUCCUAAUUUACAAGUGCACCAGUUGCCACUCGGCGAGAAGAAGAUCCGCGUGAUGAGCCUCAACACCGAAUCCACCAACAGCAUCGUCACCAACUACUACCAGGGGGAGGCCACCACCCGUGAAGACACCGCCACACUCGAAGUUCUCAUGAUGGUGAUGGAAGAGCCAGUGUUCGACGUACUGCGAACCAAGGAGCAGCUGGGGUACAGCGUGUUCAGCAUGAUGCGGUACACCUUCGGGGUGCUGGGCGUCAGCGUCACGGUCAACACGCAGGCCGACAAGUUCAGUGUUUCACAUGUGGACAGCCGUAUAGAGGCGUUCAUGAAGAAAUUCUCACGCGACGUACGGCGGCUCGGGGAGAAGACUCUCCAAGCCACCAAGAGCUCGCUGGUGCAGCUCAAGCAUACCACCGACUACGAGCUCAAAGAGGAGGUCGAAAGGAAUUGGAGAGAAAUUGUUAGCAGGGAAUACCAGUUCCAAAGGCUGUUCCUAGAGGCGGAGGCCAUUGAAAAAAUCAAGCUGUCAGAUCUCAAGAGUUGGGUCGAGAACCACUUCUCGACCGGAAACAAGUCGAAAUUCAGGAAACUUUCCAUACAGAUCGUAGGUCACAAAUCCGCCACCCCCAACAACACGACAGCGCCCGCGCCCGCGCCGGUGGGCUACGCGCUGCGCAUCGUGACGACGGCCGAGCCGGGCGACGGCGCCGACAGCGUCCGCGACCUCAUCCCCGACGUGCGCGCCUUCAAGCAGCGCCUGCCCUUCGUGCCCGUGCCGCUCGUGCGGCUCGCCACCUGCUAGGAGGGGGGGGGGCUUCGUUAUGUAAGUCGCCCGAACGGGAACCGUCUGGUUUUCUUUCCAGCCAGAGUUUAUACUUUCUCAGUCACAUAUCAUUCAUUUCCCGCGAUCCAUUCGAAUUUUGUUAUAUUUUCGACCACUUAAGCAUAGUAGAACUGAACUUUUUUUCGGCUCCUAUCUUACUCUCUAAAACCGUGCUAUUGUGUAUGGUUACUAGAUCAAAAUUAUUUUCGUUGUCUUGUUUCUGACCACUCUGUCACGCUUCUAUUUUUGUCUUUUAUAAAAUAUUUUUUUUUAAAUCAGUGCUAUUGCAUAUAGCUGUAGUUUAUAAUUCUCUUGAGAAAUAUCAAAACGUAUGAAAUUUAGCGCCCCAUACAAAAAACUCCAGUCAUUUUUGGAGGACAAAAAACAAAACAACAAAAAUAAUUUUGACCCUACUACUGAAAGCUUGCCUCCCGUACUGAAUGAAGGGAAAAACCAACCAUACUGAAUACGGUCAAAUGAAAAAUACCGCAAUGUUACGAAACUUACAUGCGAGUUCCCAGACCUUCGUUAACUUAUUGUUAUUAUAGGAAACUUACUUGUGAAGUAAAUUUUAUGCAGUCCACUCCACGUUAAUCGAAAGCGGCCUUUCAUAUAUAUACCAUAUAAAUGGAAGUCAAUUUUAAACCUCGGUUGCCUCUUAGGUGCCCAUUUAAAGUCUCCACAGCAUAAAAAAUACAGUAAGUAUAAAAUAUUAAUUUAUAUUAUCUUAGUGCGUAUGACAGCCGAUAUCUUAGUGCAAUAUGUAAACAUGAAAUGUAUAAAUGGUACAUACAGGGCUAUUUAAAAUCAAGCCAUUACAUGUAAUACGUAAAAUAACGUUCUUACUAUAACUAUGACAAAUGACAAAAUAUUCGGACUUGAAGCUUGUGAUCUUCAGAGUUCCAAGUAGAAAAAGAAAAAAAAACUAGACUUGAAUUAUUAUAUCAAUAUACUCAAAAUCAUUAUUAGCUAUAUUUUGUUUUGAACGCAGAAUCAAUUUUACUGAUUGUAAUAAUAUUUUUGUUUAUUUAAUCAUAAUGUUAUUGACAAAUAUGUAAGCUAAGGGCGUAACAGGUGCACUUAUAAAAUUGUGUUCACUAUUAUGAAGUACUUGACAUCGAUAUGCGAAUUUAAAAUAGAGGUCUUAUAUGGCUUGUUGCAUUAUUGCAGACGUAUAUAUAUCAUAGAUAGUCACAUAGGCUAGUUUUUGGUUGUUUAUAUAUUUGCUGGCUUAUUUUAUUACUUUGUAAAAAAUAUUAGUAUAAUGCUAUGUAUAUAAAUUAUUUUAUAAAAAUUGCAAAUACUUAUGUGCUACUUUACUGUAGCAGUGCAGGAAAAAAAUGUAAAUAAGUUUUGUAUUUAAAUAUAGUUAUUGCAAAUAAUGAUGUGGAACAAAUAAAACUCGUUUUGUUGGA